UUAACGGAAACAUCUUGCAGGACUUUCGUCUGCCCUUCACCAAGUAAAAUGGCGUUUGGAGAUUAUCCUGCGGAAUACAAUCCCAAAGUUCAUGGGCCGUAUGAUCCAGCACGUUAUUAUGGACGUCCCGAUACACCUUUCGGUCAGUUGAAGUUGAACGAAAUAGGUGCUUGGUUGGGACGUCGAAAUAAAAAUCCAAGGGCCGUCAUGGGUGCAGUCAGUCGAGCUUGGUGGAGAUGGCAGCACAAGUAUGUCCAGCCAAAGCGUGCAGGAAUAGCUCCGGUCUUCCAGAUCAUCACUGGUUCAAUGUUAUUCUUCUACAUAAUUAACUAUGGAAAAAUAAAGCAUCACAGAAACUACAAGUACCACUGGUGAACAGCUUGAAAUUCUAGCUUUCAGUUGAUCUAGGUUUCUUGAUCCUGUUAUAGAAGGUGGCUUUGAAGCAUGUUCAGUUAAUGUAAUGUUGAGAAUAUAAUGUGUGAACUAAUAAAGCAUAGAUAUGUGUA